GCUGCUGCUUCUUGUUGUCUUCUUCUACUCUCCCUUCAUUUUCCUUUCCCUCUUCAUUUUCUCUUUUCUCUCUUCCCCCCCACAAUUCCGUGUCCCCUUCCUCUUCCCUUAUACUCAUCUCUCAUCUUCCCUAUUUCCCUUCCUCAUGGCUUCCCUGUCCGACUUUGUCGACUUCUCCCAGCCGUCCCUCCAAUGGGCCGCGCUGUCAAUCGCCUUUAACCCUAUCUUCUGGAACAUUGUCGCCCGUGCUGAGUAUCGGAGUCACUUCUUGACUCGUAUAUUCGGUAACGCCUACUACGGCUGCUACUUCCUCGCUGUCACCAUCUUCAGUCUGGGAAUUUUGCGAGACCAUGUCUACCAAGUGGCCCUGGAAGACCAACCUUAUUAUGCCCCUGUGCACCAACCCGUCCUCGGCGGCCUUCUCUUCGCCUUCGGCUCCGUCCUCGUCCUGUCCAGCAUGUAUGCCCUCGGUGUCACCGGCACCUACCUUGGCGACUACUUCGGUAUCCUGAUGGAUGCGCCUGUCACCGGCUUCCCCUUCAACGUUACUGGUUCCCCCAUGUACUGGGGCAGUACUCUGAACUUCUUGGGCGUUGCUCUCUACAAGGGCAAGGUGGCGGGUGUCUUCCUGACGGCCGAGGUCUUCAUCCUGUACUGGUUCGCUCUCCAGUGGGAGGAGUAAGUAUCCCAUCUAUCUUUCUUAUAUGGCCCACUAUGCACCAUGGACUUGCCUUUACUCGUCUUUUUUGCAACCAAAGCCCAUAUGCACAUGUGUCUCAAGCCCCAACGCAAAAUGAGAAUUUAUCCCCCCCAUGCACGGAAAUGGUAGAAACCCACUGACCCGGGCCUGGUAGUCCCUUUACGGCGGAAAUCUACG